CCUCAGCUAUGGCGACGAUCAGUGCCGAUCCGGCUUGCUGUUUGACCGACUCGGCCAAGUCGCAGCUCUCCGCCGUCAGAGAGAAGCCGGCUCCUCUUCUGCUCGAUUCCGAUAUCAAUAAGAUCGCAGAGCGGAAACUUCGCUCGAAUAACUUUCGCGUUUUGCACUGGAGUUUGGAUAGCUUGGGCGAGACGAAUGGCUUCAUGGGCCAGUACUAUACUCUAUCCGUGAGGGUGAAAAUCGACGACAAAUCGAAGCAUUUGAAAUUCUUCGCGAAAACACCGCCGUCAACCUCUAGCCCGCAAUACGAUUUCCUAUCCCGCCACGAUAUAUUCAAUAAGGAGAUCACCAUCUACAGAGACGUGGUACCAAAGAUGGGCGUUGGUCACGCUACCAAGUGGCUACCGGAUUAUUAUCUAGGCAAGAAGAGCACGAUAAUUGUCCUGGAAGACGCGACUGAAAGCGGCUACGUCACACUGGACAAGUAUCAGUCGUUCGACGAGGAACAUUCCACCCUGUUGGUCAAGACUCUCUCGACCUUCCACUCAAGAUCCUUGAUCCUGGACGAGAAGCUUCGCAGGAGUACCGGUCAGACGAUCAUGGACCUCUACGGGGACUUGCUGAGGGAGGUGGGUUAUGUCAAGGACGAUGUAACGGUGCAUAAAUAUUCUUCCGCGAGCAUCAAAGGCGCAGCAGCCAUAGUGGAUUUCACCGAAGGAUUGAAGGACGACGAGGCGAACGCGAUAAAGGAUUGGAUAACCAAGUGGGUACCUAAGUUACCCACCUUGUUGGAGCCAUCCAGCAAAUUCAGGAACCUGAUGUGCCAUCGGGAUGUAUGGUCGAACAAUAUGAUGUUCAAGAGAGACUCCGCGGGUAAGCCAGUCGGUUGCUAUCUGGUAGACUUCCAAUUCUUACGGUACAGCCCGCCUGCUUUCGAUUUCGUCGCUUGUCUUCUUCUCACUCUCGAUCGUGCUACCAGACGUCGCUGUUACGAUCGGCUUGUCGAUGUUUAUUACGAUACCAUGAGGAAAGAGCUGGCUGCCGACGGGCUCUCCGUGGACGACUGUUUAUCUCGCGAUCAGUUCGUGGACAGUUGCGAGCACGUGAAAGGGGUGGCACUUCUGUACGUGAUCGCUAAUUUGCAGAUAAUGCUGCUGUCGAAAGAGGCUGUGGAGGAGUACUUCAUACAAUCGCCGAAGCUGUUGGAACAUGUUCUUUAUGGCGAUGAAAGACCCGAUCUCGUUAGGAACCAAUGUCGUGCUAGGAAGGAAUAUCAGCAACGUCAAACGGAAAUAAUAGAGGAGAUCAGAGAGUACCUGGCUGGUAACCCAUGGUUGCGUUAGUGGUGGCAUGAAAUAGAGGUGCCGGAUGUUGCUUCGAUGUCGCUGUUUGUACCUGCGUUACGAUCUGUGAUAAAAAGGACUUUGAGGUGGUAUUAGAAAAGGGAUUGCCCUUAUUUCCAAGAAUCUACGAUUCGUGAUGUCGCAGUGGCUGAUGGAACGUGCUGAAGCUCGUAAGAAAGACUACGAGGACUAAGGUCAAUCGAUAAGUCGUGCAUCAACCGACUUUUUGCCAAGAUAUCGUGAAUAUCGCGCGGAAUAUUGCGAGGCAUGUAAUCUGGUGAACCAAUUUCACUCUCCGUGCGAGAAUAAUUUACUUUCCUUUUUUAGAUAUCUUUGUAACAAUAGUUAUAUUGUUGGUAUUUUAAUGUGGCUGUUAUUCGAAUAUACAAUAUACAGGGUGAGACGUUUAUAACAGAUCACCUAAAUAACUUGCUUGCUCGUAAUAAUAUAAGAAAAUGUGUUAGGCAAAAGUUGCUGGAUUUCGAUGUGCACAUAGUAUAAUAUCGAUAGUCUUUCUGUUAGUGGAGGCAUAGAGGAGAUAUGAAGGUCAAGCUUGUGUUUCUAAUGGGAUGAUAGUGUUUCUUAUUUAUGUCCUGAUAGAGCCUUUCAAGACGAAUAUAAUGACGAUGAAUACAAUGACCUAUGAAUGAAUAUAUUAUACAGGGUGUCGCAUUUGUAGUUACGGAUUUAUUAUUUCCUCGAUAAUUUUUAAAUAGUUCGUUUCAAAAAAUAUUUCAAAUAAAACUAAUUCUGUUUCAAGAUCAUCUUGUAAUAAUAAUAAAUUGUUGCCAGGUGGACGUGCUUCCGAGAUUUAUAUUUUUCUGUGCAAACGAAUAUUCAUUUCAAGAUGAAUUCAUUGAUCUAUAAUAUUUUGGUACAUGUAUAUUUUGACAAAAGGUAUUGUAUCAAUGUAAAUUGAAUUUGAUUGUAUGGAGGAAGAUUGACAUUAUACGACGUUGUUAACAAAAAUGGUAAAAAAUAAUUAUUUGUAUACAGCAAAAA